AUGAACAAGAACUACCUGAUCAUUGGACGGGUGCGUCCCUUUUUUGAUUAUUAUCGUGCUCGUCCAUCUUUCACUCAAUACUACUACCCCUCAAGUUCAGGUGGCAAGAACUACGAUCCCGAAGAAAACGCCUGUCGCUUCUGGUUUUACAGCUCCUCGGAUUCAACGGCUAUUUUGCAACCAUCGAUUAAAGAUUAUACCUUUGAUUACGACACUCUGACGUAUGCUGUCUGGUGGAACCAGCAAACCUUCAAAAAUAACCAAGUUGAUCUCUUCUUUGACGAUAAAAUUACCAAGAAGCUGUUUGGGGAAGACACCCUUUACCCAAACCUGGCAGACAAUCUCUUCAUCAGAAAUCUGUCUCAACCAACUGACUUAGAACUCGUAAAUACUCGUCUCGGGGGAAACUUUAGGGCCGACUCUGGCUUUGUUGUCACCUACUACAAAGUUCCCACCGAUUAUGUAGCUUUUCAGCAGUACAACAGCUUACAGUUCAUUUUGGCGUGCCAAGAUGGAAACUCAGACUCGGAACGACAGUGCUUCGCAGUUGUCGAGUACAAUGAGAGGUCUGUGUGGAGCUAUUUGUAUUUUCAACUCAAAAACAGCGGCGGUGGAACAGAUAGAAUCGCUGGACCUUUCAAUAAUUUCCGGCACUCAGACUACAUAGACAAAAGCAGCAAUGUAGGAGAACCUGGUGUUUGGAUUUUCGAAUUGAAGCAGGAUUUGUCUGAACCCGCAAUCCGUGGACCUCCCAAGGAAAUCGCUACUUUCUGUGGUAACGGGGGAGAGGCUAUACCCUCCGUCAUCCCCAUGUACACGGGUCCAGGAAAGGAGCUUCGAAUUACACCCUGCUUGGAAGUUCUUUUUCCAAUGGACAUUUCUCUGCGACUUGUCGGAAAAUCGUUUGAGAAAACGAUCGAAGCCACAGUUGAAGAUGAUGAUGUUCGCAACAUCAAAGCCGAAAUUCCCGAACUCUGGGGCGUGAACGAGCCAGUGUCGGUUCAUGUCAUUUCGAAUGGAGACGACAUCAAGACGCCGGUUGAGCUUUACUUCUCAGGGGAACCGUUCGAAAACCAGCUCCAUAUAACGGAAGUUGCUCUGGAGGAGAAUGUUUUGCGUGUUGCAUGGCCUCAUUUGGCCUUGACUGUUGAUACGGACCUCGAAAUAAGAGAAUACAGCUUCAGUGCAACUACGGGCUACGAAUACCUGUCAGAUCGGACUGUGACUCUACAACCUGUGAACACAUCCUACAUUUACACCUACGGAGCUGCAAACGACGCUGUUCUUUUUCUGCUGAAAACAGAAAAUGGCACUUAUUAUCACCUAGUAACGAAAAAACACCAAGUGAAUUGUGUGGACUGGAUAAGUAAGGAGCUGGAAAAAAAUAAGACGAGAUGCGCGGCAAAGAUGUCGAGUGAAGUUCCUUGUCCUUCGAACUCUGUCGCGGGGGAGGGUGGAAAAUCUGACGCCUCAUGGGCCCAUGACGAGGUUACCAAUGGCCCUAACUUGUGGUCUUAUGACCCUUGUUGCAACCAGGACGAGAGCAGCGGAUCCCCAGCAAACGAGCUCUGCAAUGCGACCCAGUGCGAGUUCAACGAGGGAGCCAGCUUUUGCAUUCGAUCUGCUCUAAUGUCAUGUACAGAGUUUGGAGAUGGUAGAGUUGAUUAUGUCUCGAACCAGUGCUGCUACGACUCUGAGGGAUCUUUGAUUGAGGAUGUCAAGUCUGGCGCAGGACGAAUGAGCUAUCAGAGCGCUUCUCCUGAAAAUUUACAUCAAUUGUAUAUCGACGAGCUGGAACCGUAUCAGCAAUGUUGCCCUGAUGACCUGCGGUGUGGAAUUUUCCGGGAUCAAAGACCGACUGUGAUGGGUUCAUACAUGGGAAGCCUGACAGUAUCUGCCAAGUUUGGAGGACACUUCAUUACAGCUGACGGAUCUGAGUAUUCGUUCGUUGGCCUGGGAGUCUACACUCUGUUGAAAACAUACGACAACAAUCCAACGGAAGUUCAGAUUAGCACUCGUCCCCACGGUACAGGAUCUGUAAUUUCGGGAUUUGCUAUCAGCCGAGGAGAAACUUUGGUCGAGUUUUACAGGGAGACGCAAGGAGAAUAUCCUUACAACAUUGUUUCAAUUAACAAACGAGAUGUUUCAAUUCCUCUCAACGGAAUCGGUUAUGGAAAAGCAACGGGAAUCGAACGUCACGGUGUGCGCUUCCAAAUGCUGGGAAACUCGGAUACCAACUUCAGAGUUACGAUUCUGGACUGUGGUCUCAUUUUACACGUGGAUAUAUUGGGACCCUAUGUCAACAUUUUUUUAACUAUUCCACACGAGUUCAGGGGGAUUAUGAAGGGAUUGUUUGGACAUUUUGAUGGAGAAUCCUUCAAUGACUUUGAACCUAGAGUCUAUGGAGGUGAACCAGGAUUUAUACUUGCUGAGACGGAUCUUUUUGAACUACACUGGAGUUUUGGGGAAACCUGGAAAGUGGACCCCAUUCUGUGGCUGUUCCGCUCUCCCGUUGCAGACCAGAUUCGCUGGGAAAACGAGGGACUGCAGAUCGGCACUUCCGUGUAUAAUGUGACAGAAGACAUGGAAUCUACCUACAGCAGCGCGUGCGAAUCUGAUGCUGCGUGUGUAAUGGAUAUGGUAGCCAGUGGUGGCGACGACAACAUCCCGAAAUACUACAGCGACAUUCAGAGUGCCAGGGGAGCAGAGACUGGCAGUUUCACUGAUCUCUACAAAAGGACCUCAACAGGUGUGAACAACAAAUCGUUCGCUGUCGGGAUAAUGGCUGCAGUGGCACUGAACAAAUUCAUCAUUGGAUGAACAUAUGAAUAAAGCUUUCGAAGCUUUCGGGCUCUUUUCCUUCGGUUUCCCAUUUUACCUAAGAUUUUCUCAUUUUUUUGUGUGGACCAAACUGAUUUUCCGAGCGCUUCCAGAACACUAAAACGACCUUAGUUUGACAAAUUUUUCUGCGCUCGUUAGUCAAAAUACUGUUUCUAGGCUCUUUUUGGACAGUU